UCAGCUGUUAAUUCUUUAGGUUAUUUAAAGUUAUCGAAUUAUUUGAACGAAGAAAAUGGAUAUUAAAUACAGUUCAUAGGCAGCUAAAAAAAUUCAAUUAAAUCGAGAGCUAUGGUUUCACCUACUUUGUCACUGUUUGUAAGAGCACGAGGACCGGAUGAAUUUUGGAGAAAAAGAAAAAUAUUUAAAUUAGCAGCGCAUUACCGUGGACGGCGGCGUAAUGUGUAUUCUAUCGCAAUUCGUAAUGUACACAGGGCGUUAGUUUAUGCCACCAAAGGCAGGAAACUGAAAAAGUUAGACAUGCAGGCGUUGUGGACGACGCGUUUGCAAGCCGGUUGCGAACAGUACGGUUUAACCCAAGAAACAUUUAGAGAGACAUUAACACGCAGCGAUAUUUUUCUUAACAGAAAAGUUCUUUCUGAUCUAGCUAUAUGGGAACCGCGUUCUUUCGAAGCUUUAAUAAAAUUGUCUAGGGAACGUGCGGCAGUGGAGUGCGUGCCUGGCUUGCAGGAACCUUCCAUUAUGAAUCAAGUCUAUGGCCUAUCUAAUCUAAAAAUUAAGUAAUGUUUAAGAUUCUUAAGGUUACUUUCUGUAAAAAAAAUAAAUACUUAUUAGUUAAACAAUA